CCAUUUUGGCCGUGGGUGGAGAGACAGCUGGACGAGUGGAUUAUCGGUGCAGAGUCAUCAGUACUCGGAGGGCCAAGUGGGCUCACCGUACUCUCUCACUUCCUUUCUCUGCCCGCAGAAGCCAGGGGCGCGCAUGGCGGGCUUGGAGGUGCUGUUCGCGUCGGCGGCGCCGGCGAUCACCUGUGCGCAGGACGCGCUGGUCUGCUUCCUGCACUGGGAAGUGGUGACGCACGGCUACUACGUCUUGGGUACGGGCGACCAGCCGGGUCCCCGUGAUAAGAAAUCAGAACUGCUGCCUGCCGAGUGGAACAGCAAUAAAGACCUGUAUGCUCUCCGGUAUGAGUCGAAGGAUGGGUCCAGAAAGCUCCUUGUGAAGGCUGUCACUGUGGAGAACAGCAUGAUCAUCAAUGUGCUGGAAUAUUGCUCACAGCAAGUGUCAGACUUGACCCUCAACUUGGAUGAUUAUAUCGAUUCAGAACACCUGGUUGACUUCCACAGGACCUACAAGAACAGUGAGGAACUUCGGUCUCGUAUUGUGUCUGGAAUCAUCACACCUAUCCAUGAGCACUGGGACAAAGCUAGUGUAAGCAGUCCCCACCGGGAGUUUCCCCCUGCCACUGCCAGAGAGGUGGACCCACUCCGGAUUUACCCACAGCGCCCACACACUAGCCAGCAGCCUCCCUGGUGUGAUCCCCUGAGCCCAUUUGCUGUCGGGGGAGAGGACCUAGACCCAUUUGGGUAUCGGAGAGGUGGCAUGAUUGUGGAUCCCCUGAGAUCCGGUUUCCCAAGAGUUCAUAUUGACCCAUCCUCGGGCCUCCCUAACCGGCUUCCUCCAGGCGCUGUGCCUCCAGGAGCGCGCUUUGACCCUUUUGGACCCAUUGGGACCAGCCCACCUGGACCUAACCCAGACCAUCUCCCCCCGCCGGGCUACGAUGACAUGUACCUGUGAAAGCCUCAAGAAUGUAACAUCCCAGCCUUCCCUCCACUCUCCUGGAGCUGCCACCUCUGGCCCCGUCAGCAACCGUGUACUUGCGGUCUGGGGGCAAGGGACUCUGCCCAUGUGUUUGCAGGCUGGCUGGGAUUGCCUCCCUACCCCUUGUCCGAGCCACGGCACCUGCUGCAGCUCUCCACUUGGCUGCAUAUAGGUCCCAAGAGAAAUCAGUGUCUCUCACCACCAGCUCCUCAUUUCCAAGGGAAACUCCGGCAACAUAUGCCCUCGACCCAGUGCUGCGCUAUAAGAACAGAACGCAUUUUGGAUGUUAUUAUUAAGAGCCAAAUGUCAAUACAAAAGUCAUGUUGCCGUC